GAGAGAGCAGCAGAGGAGCAGAGGCAGGGAAGCAGAGGCAAGUCUGAAGCAGCUGAGACUGCUCUUGCACCUGUGGGAUGGGGACCAGAUUCUUCUUGCAGAUUCUUCUAGGUUGGCAAGUUGCCAUGAUCGGAUCCCAAAUGAUGGCUCCCAUUUGUCUGGUGGAAAACCAGAAGGAUCGGCUGUCUGUGAACCAGACAGCCAUAGAGAUUCUGAACAAGAUUUCGCAGCCAGUGGUAGUUGUGGCUAUUGCUGGAUUGUACCGUUCAGGGAAGUCCUACCUGAUGAACCGUCUGUUAGGAUAGAAUCACGGCUUCCCUCUGGGCUCCACUGUGCAGUCUGAAACCAAGGGCAUCUGGAUGUGGUGUGUGCCCCAUCCCACCAAGCCAAAGCACACCCUGGUUCUUCUGGAUACUGAGGGCCUGGGUGAUGUGGAAAAGGUUGACCCUACGAAUGACUCGUGGAUCUUUGCCCUGGCUGUGCUUCUGAGCAGCACCUUUGUCUACAACAGCAUGGGCACCAUCAACCACCAGGCCCUGGAGCAGCUGCAUUACGUCACAGGACUCACUGAGCUGAUCAGGACAAAGUCUUCCCCAAGUCCUGAUGGAAUAAAGAAUUCCACAGAGUUUGUGAGUUUCUUCCCAGACUUCAUCUGGACUGUUCGGGAUUUUACCCUGGAGCUGAAGUUAGAUGGAAAGAGCAUCACGGAGGAUGAGUACCUGGAGAAUGCACUGAAGCUGAUCCCAGGUGACAAUCCCAGAAUCCAAGCAUCCAAUCUGCCCAGGGAGUGCAUCAGACGUUUCUUCCCUAAACGGAAGUGUUUUGUCUUUGACCGGCCAACAAAUGACAAAGAACUGUUAUGCAAAAUUGAGACUAUCUCAGAAGACCAACUGGAUCCUAAGUUCCAGGAACAAAUGAGGGCUUUUGUUUCUUACAUCUUCACCGAGGCAAAGAUCAAGACUCUCAGAGAGGGAAUUAAGGUCACUGGGAAUUGACUGGGGACUCUGGUGACAACCUACGUGGAUGCCAUCAACAGUGGAGCUGUGCCUUGUCUGGAUGAUGCGGUGACAGCUCUGGCCCAGCAUGAGAACUCAGCAGCUGUGCAGAAGGCAGCUGAGCACUACAGUGAGCAGAUGGGCCAGCAACUGAGGCUCCCCACAGACAUGCUCCAGGAGCUGCUGGAUGUGCACACAGCUUGUGAGAAGGAAGCCAUUGCUGUCUUCAUGGAGCACUCCUUCAAGGACGAAAACCAGCAAUUCCAGAAGAAGCUGCUGGAAUUAAUAGAUGAGAAAAAAAGCAAGUUCAUAUCGAAGAAUGAAGAAGCAUCAGAUCAAUACUGCCAGGAAGAACUCAAUCGGCUUUCAAAGGCUUUUAUAGAAAAUAUUUCAAAAUUUUUUGUUCCUGGAGGACACAGGCUCUACAUGCAAAUGAGGAAGAAGAUUGAGGAUGACUAUUGGCAGGUGCCCCGAAAAGGGGAGAAGCUGGUGCAGGAGAGAGAGCAGCUCAUCAGAGACCAGGAAAAGAUGCUAGAGAAGCAGCUGCAGGAUCAAAAGGCUUUGCUUGAAGAAGGAUUUAAGAAGAAAUCUGAGGAAAUGAGUGGAGAAAUAGAGCAAUUGAAAUCUAACCUCAAGGAUAUGAAGGAAAACAGUGGUUCCAUUUUAGAGAAUAUUCUAAAAGAAUUUGCUAAAGCAAUCUGUGGUCCUCUUUUCUUGAUCAUGGACAUUAUAAAUGGCCUUACUUCAUCAUUUAAAUAGGAUUUAUUUAAAUCUUUUUACAAAAAAGUCUUCUUUGGAUGAAAUGAUGAUCCUUGAAUAUAUACUUUUUCUUUGAAGCUUCACGUUUUCAUUUUCAUUCAGCUAAACAGAAGAGUGUGGUUUAGAGGACAUCUGUGCCUCACCUGCAGUGCAUAGAACAUAUGUGCACAUGUUUGCACAAUGUUUGCUUUUAGGGGACAAAUUUUGAAACCAUUCCUAUGAAAGUGAUGCGAUUAGUCAUUGUACACUGUGACAGUUACUGUUGGCCAACUUGACUGGGCAUAGAAUCACCUAGGACACAAGCUCAUCUGCACCCUGAAGACCAUCUCAUCUAGGUUAGCUUGUGGGGGCAUCAUCUCAGGUUACUAUGGUAGGAAACCUACCCCAUGGGUGGGUAGCACCAUCCCUCUGGACUUGGGACCUAGUUACAAAGUAAAAGAAAGCUGGACACUAACGUCUAUCACUUGUGACAUGCUGAUGGGAUGCCAUGUGAUCAACCAGCCCCCAGUUCUUUUUGCAUGCCUUCUCUACCAUGCUAAAUAUAUCAUUUGCAGCCAUGAGC